UGUUAGUGUAGCUAUACGCUAUAUGGAGGACAAGUACGAUGCUGGCCAAAUGUGUGUUUGUUUGCUUGUUCGCCGCCGCGCUGGGGUGUCGGUCGAAAAGUCAUGACAAACCUAGUGGUCAAAUGUGAAGUUAUAUUGUAUGCUACAUCCUAUUGGAAUUUCCGUGAAAAGAAUUGCCGAUUGAACUCCAACAACUUCGAAGCAAACCUUACCAUCGGAAGGGCCGGUGACAGUGGCACCCUCUGGCACCAUCCGCGGCUCGUGGAUGACCACCCGGCGCGGCAGACAGUUCCAAGCGUACAGGGGGAUCAGAUAUGCUGAACCUCCAGUUGGAGAACUCAGGUUUCAGCCACCGAAACCAAUCACCCAGUACAAGAAUGUGGUAGACGCCAGCAAAGAAGGCCCGGCGUGCCCGCUCCCCGCUCCGCCCUCGUACUAUGUUGACGAGGACUGCCUGACCAUCAACGUUUACACUCCUGAUAAUAACAGCACCGAGCCUCUCCCAGUGAUCUUCUUCAUCCACGCCGGUGGUUUCUACUCGAUGACGGGGCGCAGCGACCUCGCCGGACCGCACUACUUGCUGGACAGGGACGUUGUGCUGGUCACUAUCAACUACCGCCUCGCUUCUCUUGGUUUCCUCAGCACAGGAGACGCACUUGCUCCUGGCAACAAUGGCAUGAAGGACCAGGUGGUAGCCCUGCGCUGGGUUCAGAAGAACAUUCGAGCGUUUGGAGGCAACCCUGAUCUGGUGACUAUUGCAGGCUGCAGCGCUGGAUCUAUCAGUGUUAUGCUGCAUAUGGUGUCUCCUAUGUCUAAGGGUCUAUUCCACCGAGGCAUAUCGAUGAGCGCGUCGCCGUCAGGCAAAGAAGAGCCAGGUUACGACAUGUAUGAGCUGGCGGUGAAGCAAGCCGAGAUUCUAAACUGUUCCACCAACAGCUCAGAAGCUAUCGUAUCCUGUUUGAAGACCAAGACUUUCAAGGAGCUUGGCGAUUCCUUGCCCAAAUUCUUCGACCAGUUCGGUUUCGACCCAGUGGGUCUUUGGAAACCAGUAGUGGAGCGCGACUUCGGUCAGGAGCGGUUCCUGGUGGAGGACCCGGUGCUCUCCAUCAAGAGCAACAACAUGCACGCCGCGCCGCUCAUCAUCUCGCAGACCACGGACGAAUUCUUUUGGAAGGCUUUCCCUGUCUUGCGAAACGAGACCCUUCUGUCCCAAAUGAACAACGACUGGGACCGGAUCGCCCCGAUCUCCUUCCAGCUGUCCCCGAACAUAUCUUCGGAAAGCAAGCUGAAGUUGCGACGGGCGUACCUCGGGGACAAACCCUUGGUCAAUGAUGAAGCCAGUGCCAGGGCGUUGGGAAAAUUGUAUGGAGACUCAAUCAUCGGAUUCCCGGUACAUGUCAUGGCCAACCUGAUGUGCCGGCAUUCCCCACACAAGGUGUAUUACUAUGAGUUCGCCCACAUCGGCAAUCACAGCCAUUAUGAAGAUCCCGUCACCAAGAAACCGACAGGAGCUGCCCACCACGACGACUUAAUCUACUUAUUCACCCUGAGCUACCGGUUCCCGACCAUCGAAGUGGCUGACACAAUUGACUCCAAGCUGGUCGACAGAAUGACUGCCAUUUGGUACAACUUCGCUAGAUACGGGGACCCCAAUCCCACAGAGGCAACGCCCGAGCUGUCUAAUCUAAAAUGGCCGCCGAUGUCAUCCGGUACGCGGCAGUACCUCCGCAUUGGUGAAGACUUCUCAGUCCGCAAGAGGAUGUUUGAAGAUCGCUUCAAGGUCUGGGAAGAGAUCUACCCAUUGGUUUAUUAAUCCAUAUCCAUUAUACAUGAAGAACUUCUAGUACCAUCUCAAACUGUAAUGUAUUAAGCGAUGAGCAUGACUCUAAUGAUGGAAAAGAUUGCCGGAGAGCGGGGGGGUAUACGUAAGAUGUCUCACAAGUUAUUUGUUAGACAAAUUAAAAAACCUCCGACUUUCAGUAUUCAUUUCGCUACAACUUUUGAACGGCUGAACCGAUUUUCACGAAAUAUGGCUAAGAACACUCGGGAUAAAAUUAUAUAUAACACAAAAUAAACUAAACGAAAAUCGGUUCAUCCAUUUGGGAGCUACGAUAACACAGACAGAUCACAGACAUACACGUUCAACUUAUAACACCUAUUUUGGCACCAGGACUUAAAAAACAUCGUAUAGGACGGGAGUCAAAACAGAAUAAAAAUUAUUGUGACUAGCUCUGGAUAAGAUUAAAUUUAAGGAGCUGGCAGCUAGCAGCUGUGUAUUUAACUUUCUAAUUGUGGCGUUCCAAGCAAAAGGGUACAACUGGACGGAUUCUGGUUUCCGUGAUAAUUGAGAUUUUGUGAAAAAAGGUGGAAAACUGCGAUUUUAAUAGAUUGUAUUACAACAUGCAAAGGGCUACGUUUUCAUACAAUAAACUAUAAGUAUAUAUAUAUAUAUUGAUUUUAAAGUAUAAGUGUGAACUUUGAAUAUUAUUUUUCCAAUAAAUGUGAAUAAAUUUAA